AUGGCAGCCGCCUUUUCCUAUGCCCAGGCAGCAAAGGGCAUCGCUACCACGCAACCCUCCAAGACCGCAGAGUUGAGCACGACAGCUUCAAAGCCAGACGAGCAGACCUCCACCCCAGAAGUUAGCACAGAUGCUCCAGCUUCUAAGCCUGAUGCACCCAAUGAUGUCGAGAACGUCACCGUCAAUGGAGAAGAUGAAUUUCCCAUCGACUCCAAAGCAGACCUUUCCGGAACCUCCACCCCGAAUGCUGCUACCGCGCAAACAUCUACAUCAUCUAAGGAUGAAGAAGGCUUGAAUACACCAAAUGGCACUUCGGAGGCCGCUUGGGAUAAGCAGUCGCAGGCUUCAGGGUCUGACAAACCCGAUGCUACUACAGAUGGUGCUAAGGAGAAGAGCUCUGAAAAGGAGAAGCCUGCACCCCCGAAACCAUUGAAGGCGGCCCCUUUGCCAGCUGUCAACAUCUGGCAGCAAAGGAUGGAGGCCCACGAAGCCAAGGCCAAGGCAGUGGCUGCUCUGAAGCCCACUGCUCCUAAGAAUUCCAAGCCUACUUCUGAUGCUUCGUCUAUCUCCGGAGAAAGCCAGGAUCAGUCGAAAGCCAGCUCCAAGAAGAAGGGCGGCGAUGCGGCCGAUGGAGGCAAGGACAGGAAGAAGGCCGAUGGCACCAAAGGACGCGAAGAAGGGGCCACUACUGUUCCUCCCGUAGGCGAUGCUGCCUUAUGGCCUACUCCCCAUGUUGCCCAAGGAGAGGAGAAGAAGAAGGUCCAGGAUAAACCCGACAAGGGUCCGAUCAUUCGGACCAAUGGUAAAGAGAAGUGGAUGCCCGUCCCAUAUGUUCCUACUGCCGUUUUCAACACCCCCCUGCCAUCUGCUGCCCGUAGAGGUGGAAGAAGCGCUCGUGGUGGGCGGGAAAAUGCUCGCAAUGGUACCCACGGUGGUGCCGGUGGUGCUACUGCCGAGAAGGCCGCACCUGCCCAAGCAGCCCAAGGUUCCGCAGCCAAGCAGACUGCAUCUGGAGAUCGGGGAAGGAAUGAGCCAAACUCUGCUCGCGCGAACUCACUCCCAGCACCAUCUCGCCGAUCAAAUAGCGCCGACAAUGGAACGACGGACGCACGUAAGCAACCCGCAACUGACCGAAUCCGUGGUCCCAAAGGAGCGGACAAUUCGAACGCUGCGGUCGCUUCUAAGAACGUUAACGGUGGAGAAUCAUUCCCUCGACAUGCCAAACCGUUCCCUAGAAACCACGAUGGCGCCCAGAAGGGAGGCGAUCAUAACCCCAAGAAUCUAUCGGUGGAUCCAAAUGCUGUUGCACGCUCUGCAUCAAAUAAUGAACGUCGCUUUGAAAAUGGCCCCAAGUCUGCAGAUUUCACCGGGGCACAUGCUGAUCGCAAGGACAAGGAGUUCUCUCGCGAGUCACGUGCAGAUCGAGGCAGAGGCUCGCACCGCGGCCGCGGUGGUGGCCAUGCCGCCUACAAUGGUGCUCAGAUGCCUCACUUCCCUAACAACCAUAUGACCCACCACAAUUUCUCGCACCACAAAUCUUUCGGCUUCAACGACCGUCAACGGUCGCAGCAACCUGGAAUGACCAACGGCUCGCGCGGUCACGCGAUGACGAUGAGAUCUCCUUCUCUGCCCAACUCAAAUACUAUGUACGGUGUUUACCCCUUUCCUGCGGAUAUCAACACCAUGUAUAGUUAUCAGCCAAUGCAAGCUGGUCCCAUGUCUGCAGUUCCUUAUCAACAAUAUAUGGAACCAUUCUCCGUCAUGAGUAUGAUUUCAAUGCAGCUUGAGUACUACUUCUCGGUUGAUAAUCUGUGCAAGGAUCUUUACCUCCGCAAACACAUGGACUCUCAAGGAUUCGUUUCAUUGAAUGUGAUCGCUAGCUUCAAGCGAAUUAAGUCUCUCACCGAAGACUUCGAGAUGAUCCGUCAUGUUUCCCGACAACUGAGAAACGUUGAGUACUUUACUGGUGAGGACGGCAUCGACAGGCUACGACCCAGAGAAAAGUGGGAGCAGUGGGUUCUUCCUUUGGACCAGCGCGACGCUUCUGCUCAGCAUCAUGGCCCAACUUCUGGAAAUCAGAACGAAGCCUCUAACCAGCAAAAUCAUGUUGAGGGAGCGACAAAUGGCUAUGCCCCAAAGGCUUUGCAUUCGUUGCCCAAUGGAACUAGCGAGCCUCGUACCUCCAAGACCCCGUUGUCCUCUGCCGCUCCCGAGUUUUCGCCUUCCAAUGGUAUCAACAAUGGAAGCGAAAUUUCGAAUGUGAGGAUUCCCUUCUUACUUCCGUUGAGAUCCCAGCGUAUUGAUAUCUUGAAGUAG